AUGAUAAAUUACAAACUAAUUCUUCAGAUUUAUCAAAUCUCUAGAGGUAGAUUUCACAUAAGUGACGAGUACAUAGUGUUCCAUCAGAUAAAUCAUUCGUUUUGUCCGUUUAAUAUUCGCCACUAUUACAUGUAUGAUUCGUCGUCGACUAUAUUUAUUUCAUCAUCACAUCCGUAUCCUCAACAAGUCAAUGUUGCCAUUGCGAUCAUCGGCACGUUUUCUUCGUUGUUGACUAUUUUCGGAAACAUUCUCGUACUUGUUUCAUUUUUCGUUGAUCGUCAAAUUCGUCAACCAACAAAUUACUUCAUACUGUCAUUAGCGAUUAGUGAUUUUCUCAUUGGUUGUGUUUCAAUGCCUUUUUUAACGUUAGCUAUCUAUAAAAAUCGAUGGGUGCUCGGUUCAUUUCUAUGCGAUAUAUGGUUAUCAUUAGAUUAUACUGUAUGUUUAGCAUCUAUCUAUACGGUGCUUCUAAUAACUGUUGAUCGGUUUUGUUCAGUGAAAAUUCCUACGAAAUAUCGGAAUUGGAGAACAAAGAAACGUAUCAUUUUAUUGGUGCUUCUAACAUGGUUCGUACCAGCAUUGAUAUUCUUUGUUUCGACUAUGGGUUAUCCACUAUUCAGCAAAAAGCCAAAUUUAAGUGUAGCUGAUCUUCAAUGCGACGUGCAAUGGAAUAAGAAUCCUUACUUCAAUCUAGGUUUAACUAUUGGUUAUUUUUGGGUGACACUACUAGUUAUGUUUACAUUGUACUUUUUUAUUUAUCAAGUCGCCAGUGCAUUGGAAAAGCGUUCGAAUGCUAAUGCAAAGAAGUUUUCAAAUCUGAUCGGUGGUGCGCCGACGACCGUAACAGACGCGGCAACAAGCGCGUCAAAAAGUCAUCAAGUUACUCAAACCACUCACUGUUUAUCAUCAUCUACGCGAUCAAAGAAAAAGAAACAGCCAAGUCUAUCGUCACUCUCACGACGUAAUACAAGUAUCGAUGAUGAUGCUGGAAGUUCAUUGAUCAAUCAUAAUCAACAUGAUAAUCAAAAUAGAUUAUCAAACGGACUUGACGUUAUCAAUCGUUCAUCAUCGAAUGAAACUAGUGGUGAACAUCCAUCGGUCGCUGCCGUAUCUCCCAAUGUUUCAACAAUUCUUCCCAUAACUCGUGUUGAAGUGGAAACAAAUAAAAAAUCGGAAGAAAAUCGCUUACUCAUACCUAACAAGCCGAACAAUAGUUUUACAUCAAGUGCAACAAAACAAAAGCCAGGCGGUAGAAAUGGAAGUAGCAACAAAGCAAGAAAAGCAUUACGUACUAUCACUGUCAUUAUGGGUGCAUUUGUUCUCUGUUGGACACCAUGGCAUAUUCAUACAAUCAUUCAAACGUUUUGCAAAACAUGCCGUGAAAUCCAAUUAAUCCAUUUUGUUAUGCGCUUGCCAAUCGACAAUUUAAAAAGACUUACACACGUUUACUACGAUGCGAUUUUCGAAAAUUGUAGAAAUAUAUGUAUACAAUCUAGUUAUUUCAUUCUUCUUCCUUUUCUUCUUUGA